UGGUACGACAUUUUAACCAUCUCUUAUCCUGCCUACCACUUGCUCCCGUCAAUAUUCGUACUACUGAUUACUCAGGGCAUAUAUAAAAAGUGGGGAAGACAGAGCUUGCUUGCCAAAGCCAAAACCCAAAAAGGGCUUCAUUAUUAACUUCUUUUAGUUUAUGGCAAUUGCUGCAACAACUUCAAACAUGAGCAACGACGAAAACAACAUCAACAACAACAAGGCCGCUGAUGAUGAUGAUGAUGAUCAUGAGCAUGAUAUGGUUAUGCCUGGAUUUCGUUUCCACCCCACUGAAGAAGAACUUGUUGAGUUCUACCUUCGCCGUAAGGUAGAGGGCAAGCGCUUUAACGUUGAACUCAUUACUUUUCUGGAUCUUUAUCGCUAUGACCCCUGGGAGCUUCCUGCCUUGGCGGCCAUUGGAGAGAAGGAAUGGUACUUCUAUGUGCCUAGAGACCGCAAGUAUCGAAACGGGGAUAGGCCUAAUCGUGUUACAACUUCUGGGUAUUGGAAGGCAACUGGAGCUGACCGAAUGAUUCGAAGUGAGAACUUCAGGUCAAUUGGGUUGAAGAAAACCCUAGUUUUCUAUUCUGGUAAAGCUCCUAAGGGCAUCCGAACCAGCUGGAUCAUGAACGAGUAUCGCUUGCCUCAACAUGAAACUGAACGAUACCAAAAGGCAGAAAUAUCGUUGUGCCGUGUGUACAAGAGAGCAGGAGUGGAAGACCACCCGUCUCUCCCUCGCUCUCUUCCAUCGAGGGCAUCCUCAUCUAGAGUGGCUCAGUCAAGUAGAAAGCAGCAUGACUUAGUUCAGAGUUCCAUAUUGGACAACUUCCAAGCUUUUGGAGGAGGAGUACUACAGUCACAGCAAAUUGAGGAGGAGAAGUUGAAAGAAGCAGAUGGAAUAAGCAGUAGUACUAACAAUUCAGAUGAUGUCACAACAGCUCUUGGGCUUUCCAAGCACAAUAAUAAUGCAUUCCGAUCAGCUCCAAUUAGCCCCACCCAGCUGGGGCUACCAGCUCCAAUGGAAGAGGAAGGAAUGCUUAUGAAUCACUCAAAGCAAGCUUGUAAUUCUUUAGUCCCCACUUGCACCACCUUCUUCACUACAGCUGGCUCAUCAUCUAUUAAUGCGGUGGAUGAUCUCCAUAAACUAGUGCAUUACCAACCAGCUUCAAAUAUGAUCGGUCAGCAACAACAGCACUACUACAAUGUUCAUCAUCAUCCAUUCCAACUCCCUAGCUUGCUACCACAGUCUUCACAACCUCUGUCCCUCAAUACUCUACCCAAUAUGCUUCCAACCGCCUUCUCCGACAGACUGUGGGAAUGGAAUCCAAUUCCAGAGGCAAACCGAGAGUACACAAAUCCCUUCAAGUAAUCAAAUGAAUUGAUCAUUAUACAUAGAUAUAUAUUAAAUACUCUAUGUUAAUUCUAGUGAUUUAUAUAUAUCUAAUUAAGUCUUAAUGUUCUUAGCUAAUUAGCUAGCUUUCAUAUUUGACCUAUAUUGAUCAAUAUGAUUUGUGGCUCUACUAGGGUUUCAGAUUAAAUGAGAAUACAACUUGAUCCUUCUAGUUAAA